AUGUCUGAUAGUUCUGUGUGGAUCAUUGGUGAAAGUGGAUUUAUCUAUGAGAGGUUUUGGAAUGGACUUGAAUGGGUGAUUGCUCCUCAUGAUUUACCUAUAUCACAAGGACGUGCCGUUGCAGUUUUUAUCAUUUCUCAGAAAUUUUUUGCUCUAUCUGAAUUAGGAAAUUUGUAUCAGAUGCAUGUGCAGCUUGGUGAAGCCUCGCAGCCAGUUUGGAUUGAAUUCAGUCAUACACUCGACCAAAUCUCGGAUACUGAUUCGAUAUUCAUAAAAUCCGGUGCGGUGUCAGAUGAUAGGAAGAGAGGUUAUUUCUGUACAAAGAAAGGAACAUUGAUAGAGCUAGCAGAGGUUGAGCCUCCAAGAUGGAUAAAUCAUGGUCAACCAAGUGGAGCAAAUGUUGCAGCAAUAGCGGAGGUUGCUUCUUCACGAGAAGUAGUUUACACGAUAAGUUCUGCUGGAGAUCUUUAUGAAUAUAACAGUAAAUCAAAACCGUCAUGGAAGAAGCACAUAUGGCAAGAAAAAAAGGCACAAGUUUCAUCAUUGAUACCAUCUAAGGGGUGCAUACAUGGAUUAAUUGGCGAUCAUUCUGAAUCACUGUUUCUUUUAACCAAGGAAGGAACUUUAGUGGAGAGAAGAUUACAUCAAAGGAAGUGGAAAUGGAUAGUUCAUGGAAAUCCACCACAUCAAAAUUUGACAUCUAUUACACCAUCUUUGAGAGAUGAAUCUAGUGAAACUUCCAUUUCUUUAUUCUUCACUACUUCUGUUGGAUCUGUUUUUGAGUAUCAAAUUCCAAAACAAUUAGGCACUUCUCCAAAUAAUCAAUUUCCAGGAGGAGAAUGGAUAAGUCAUCAGCACCCGUUACAUGCAAAAGCGGCAAGAGGUAAAUCAGGCUUACCAUUACAAGUUGGAAGGAUAGUCUUUGCACUAGAUGAUGGUAGAAUUGCAGAAUUACAUCAAGCAGGACUAGGUGGUGAGAGUGCAGGACCAUCAAUGCCACAAAACUUUAGAAGAAAAACAACAUCAACCAAAUAUGUUUGGUCGAUAUUAGAUGCACCAGAGAGUGAAGGAUGGAAUGCAGAAUAUUGCACAGAAGAGCGCGGACCGCGGAAUUGUAUGACAGGUAUAAAAGAUGAGUCAAAAGACUCCGGAAUCACAAGUUCAGUAACAGGUAGGAGAAAACAAAGCCAAGAACAUCAUUAUUACUUAUCUCUAGGAACAGGAAAUGAACUGGUUAGUUCUUUAGAAGAAUACCAAUACAAUCUUCCCGAUGAUUGGGUUAGUAGUAAUUUUCGCCUACGGUUGAUGUAUGAAGGCAAGUCAUUUUUCUUAGUAACAAGUGAUGGUUUGAUUUUUGAACAUGUUUGUAUUGAAAGUGUUUGGAUAUGGCUGAAACAUGAUAGCUCUACCGAAAUGAAUGGUAUAGUAGGGAACUAUAAUGGAAGUUUAUUCAUGGUUGAUACUUUUGGGAGUGUGCUUCUUAGAGAAUGGAGUGGAAAUGAAAUAGAAUGGAAGAAUUGCAGUGAUAUGAGGAGAGGAAAAAAUAUUGUUGUUGGAGGUCAACCAUGGGAUAGAUUACCAGGUAUAGCAAGGAGGGUUACUGCGGAAGAUUCGCUCUUCUUUGUGAGCAAAACUGGAAGAUUGAUGCAGUUCACGGUUUACAUGAGGAAAUUCAAAUGGAAGGACUGCAAAAAUCCUCCAAAUGUCAAAGUUGCAAACAUAGUUGAUCAGGAGUUGUUCAGAGAGAACAUAAUCUUCGUCACCGGAAGAAACGGACGUCUAUACCAAUACAACAAAGUGAGUGAUUUAUGGCAUGAACAUUACCAAUCUCAGCAUUUGGUUCUAUCAAAUUUUCCUGGAACAAUUAUAAGACCAAUGUCAAAAUCACUCACAGGCUCCAUCUUCAUGCUUUCAAAAGACGGUGGCCUAGUUGAAUACAACUGGAAUACAUGGCAUGAAUGGAACUGGAUAGAACACGGAACACCUUAUAAAGGUGUAACACUUGUUGGCUCACCUGGUCCUAGCUUUGAAGGGAAUCAAUUACUUUUGAUUGGUUCAGAUGGAAGAGUAUACCUUAGAUAUAUGGAGAAAAAUGCAUGGAAGUGGAAGGAUUGUGGUUUUCCUACUUUAGGAGAUAAAACUAUGGAAGCAGAAGAUAGAGAAGAAGAAUUCAAUGAUGAAGAUACUAAAAAAGAACAGGAGAAUCUUGGUGACUUAUCAUUCUUGAAUUGUGAUCCUAAGGUGAGAUCUACAAGACCAAUUCCAUUUUCAGCUGAUUCUGCCAUAUUUGAACUUAGAGAUGGCAGGUUGGCAGAGAUAAAAGUUGGAGAGGGGAAAGAAUGGGUUUGGUCAAGGAUCAUUGGUACUCCAAAUAGUUUAUGCAUACAAAAUUAUUGGAUUACAGUGGCAUCAUCACCAUCAUGA